UAUUCUACCAACUGUCGCCCACAGGUGAUCCCGGUGCUUACUAAGAUGAAUUCUUUACAAGAAAAGUGGACUUCUGAUGUUCUAUAUAAUUCUGUAUUCUUUGGAAACACUGUCGAUGAAAUAGUUUAUUAUAAUAAUAUCUAUAAUCAAAGUGAUAAACAUAACAUUAUUGAAAUUUAAAUCUCCUAACAGUGAUUUGAAAUAUUAUUCAAUUUAUUUAUAAUGGCUCAACAAGGAUCAAUAUAUGAUUUAGCUUAUCAUGGUAAAACGUCAGAUGUUAAAAUCUUACUUAAUCUAACUGAAUCUUUAAAAACGCAAACUGACACCAAUGGACGAAUGUUAAUACAUUGGGCUGCUUUAGGUGGACAUGACGAUUUAGUGAGACAUUUAUUAUCCCUUGGUUCACCAGUUGACCCAACAGAUGAUACGAACAUGACACCAUUAAUUUUGGCAGCCUCAGCUGGACGAGAAAAAGUUGUUAAAACUUUGAUUACCGAAGGUGCAAAUGUCAAUGCAAAGACUGAAGAUGGACACUCGUCAUUGCAAUAUGCAGCAUCGAAAAAUUGGAAGUCGAUAUGCGUUGCGUUGCUUGAAAAAUAUGCUGACAUUAAUAUUGCUGACAAGAGAGGAGCUACUCCUUUACACAGAGCUGCUUCAAAAGGAAAUAUUGCGAUAGUUAAACUUUUAUUAGAACAUGGAAAAGAUUUGAAGAUAGAUCAACAAGAUAUUUAUGGAAAUAGUGCGUUGCAUUUAGCUUGCGAAGAGGAUCGUCGUGAAGUAGCACAAUUGUUGGUUUCAUAUGGUGCUGAUUUAUAUUUGACCAAUAAGGAACGCAAAACACCAUUAGAUUUGGCUGCUCCUGGAUUAGUUCGAAUGCUCAAAGAAUUCAAGGAAAAUCCAACGACUUCUUAAGAUUUUUUUGUCAUCUCUCUUAAUUAUUUCUCAGCUUUAAUGCAACACUGUUCAUAUUUCUUUUUUUUUUUUUUUGAAAAGAUUUCAAAAAGCCAACAUAAUCAAAAAAAAAAAAAACAAAUAAAAAAAAGUCAAUUGAUGUCACCUAAGAAAAUGUCAUUUUAAUUAUUAAAUUUAGUUUGGUAGAAAAGAUGAUGUCCAUUUAGAAUUUGUAUUUAAAAAAAAAAAAAACAAUUGAAUUUACUUUGCAGCAAGCUCUGCCAAUUGGACAGUGGCUCUGCUUUAAUGUUAUUGAAUGUGAAAAAAGAAAUGGAAAAAAAAAAGAAAAAGAAUAAAUAAAAAUACAAAUAUUAUACAAAUGAAAAACAAAAAAAAAAAACAGACGACUCCAAGAUUAAGUGCUUUAAAUUUGAUCUACUAUUUUUCAGCAUUUAUUAUACCUUUUUUUCUUUUUCUCUUAUAUAUACUUAUGAUGCAAUCAA